GAACGGCCACCUUGCAUUGGUGCACUAGCAUUCCCUUCUAGCGCACUCGCUUUUAUUAUGGAUUUGGACCCUCUAGAUCCGGUUUACGUGAAUGAGCGACUGUCCAAGCCCCCGUUUGUUACAAUUGAAGGCGUAGUAAACAUCCGCGAUCUUGGAUCGUACCCCACAGACCAACCAGGUUACAUCACUAAACCUGGUUUACUCUACCGCUCUGGAGAGAUCUCAGCGAUUACAGAUGAGGUAUUUGUUCUUUGCAGGGAAAACUCGACUUUGCGAACUUGGAAUUAAGAAGGUGUUUGAUCUACGAUCUGACACAGAAAUAGCUAAAUGGACGACACCUUGUCCUCACAUUGAUGGUGUGGAAAUCGUUCGUACUCCAGUCUUCAAAAUCGAAGACUACAGCCCCGAAAUGAUGGCCAAACGCUUUGAAUUAUAUGCUAGCGGCAAGAUCGAGGCAUUUAUGGAGCUAUAUUCGCAAAUUCUUGAGAACGGCGGUCCUGCAUUCGGUCACAUCCUUCGUCAUGUUCGAGAUAGACCAAACGAAGCCUGCAUAAUCCAUUGCACUGCCGGCAAGGAUCGUACUGGCAUUAUUGCAGCGAUUCUGCUGAAGCUGGCUGGCGUUUCCGAUGAAGAUAUCGCUGAAGACUAUGCGUUGACAAGGGUAGGACGCGAACCCGCGCGACCAAGGGUGAUGGCACGAUUAACAAAGGAACCCCUGUUCGCCACGAAUAGUGAAGCCGCACUUAACAUGUUCACCUCUCGGUCAGAGACAAUGUUAGCCUUUCUGGCCUUGCUUCGGGAAAAAUAUGGAGGCGUUAGGGAAUAUCUUAAGAAAUACGUUCAUCUCUCGGACCAAGAUAUCGAUAUCAUUCGACAGAAUAUGUUGGCGUUAUCUGGUAACUCUUAGAUGAUCGUCUCACUAUGCAUUGCUCUCGCUUUGGUAAUUGGAUGGGAUGUAUCAGCACGGACUCGCUAUUACUAUAUACCUAUUACUUAUUACAUAUCGCAUUGUCUUCGCAUGCUCGAAUGACAACCUGGAUGCCGAUCUUCACAGGUAUUACUUACAGCUUU